GCAGGAAAGGCCAUCUGUAAGAUCGUUGCGAGUAAUUUCCGAACUUUGCCAAUGUCUGGCUGUCUUCGUCGUAGUCAUCCAUUAAAAAAUAACCUCUGUCACAGCACACGUUUUGACAUGCUUGUAAUAUUCCCUCUCCUCCUCUGAGUUUUGAUAGCAUCUUUUGUUUUUUGUGGAAAGUACAAAGUACGCACCUUUGAAAGUCAUGCUUGCAAGUGUGAGAGGUACAUUUCGUUUGACACCAACAGAUUUAUGGUUCAAAAUGGAGAACACUUUCACAGAGGUUUUGUUACGCACCAUAGUUCACGGCAUGACCUUACCAGCAAUGCGGUGAGGGUUUCCAUCCUGAGUGGUAAUGACAUCACUGUAUAUACAGCUGUUUGUAAGGGCUACAGUCAGUACUUACCCACGCUGUCGCCCGAUGCACAUACCUCAGUGAAACGCUCCUCUUCUGCAUUUUAGGAGGCCAUGACAUUAUUUACCUCUCAGUUGACGCUCAGCGCCAUGUUGGUUUCAGCGACCUGUCUCUGGGUGAAAAACGUUUCCGGAUAUACAGACUUCCGGCAGAACUGCCCUGCUACCAUCGCUCCUGGCAGUAUCUUGAAGGUUUACCGUGGCCAGUGCUACGAGUUCGUCCGGGUGGAGAGGUACUGGGACGUAGCCAGGCGGGACUGCCAGGGUCGGGGCGGGGACCUCGUGCAGAUACGGGACCCCGAGACGCAAAAGUUUGCCAUAGACACCCUAGCCAAGCUACGAUGGAACAAAAAUGGCCUGUGGUUGGGUGCUCAUGACAGGCACAAGGAAGGACUCUGGAAAUGGGUGACAGGUGAGAAGAUUACAUGGUCAAACUGGGAAGCAGGGCAGCCAUCUUGUUAUGUGCCUGCUUUGAAGGUGUUUUGCGCGGAAGAUUGCGCAGUGCUUCGGUUGAACACAGGGAAGUGGCACGAUUACAGGUGUCACGCCUCAGGGUUUACUUACACCUACAUCUGCCAGUAUGAUAUGCUCACCACGACGGCAGCAAGCUUGGCGAGGAAUGAAAGCAGUGUACUUCCUGAAACUAUAAGAAUAAUGAGGAACAACGACUCAGGGAUAACUCCAGCCACGAACAUUUCCGAAGCCUCCACGAAUUUUACCGAAGAUGUGACUGAUUCGGACUUAGAUAAUGUGACGGUUAAAAUUAAUGUUUCCAUGGCAACGGGUGAUAACGAAACCAAAGAAUCGUCAAAUGUGCCACAGAAGGCAGGAAAAUCCACUGAAAACGAAGAAAAUGUUACCGCCUUGGACAGGGGAAAUGAUUUCAUAGAAGUUCAUACGGUGUUUCCCGUGGAAGAAUCCACUCUUAUUGUUCUCGGCGAAAAUGACGUGAUGAGCAACGAUUAUUACAAGGAUUAUGAUGACGCUCUUCAUUCGGAGGUGAAAUCCGCACAGACAGGAAGUCAUUCCAAGGAGGAUACAUCCAAGUCUCUGAUUGGUCCGAUUGUUGGAGUGUUGAUGGGAGCCUGUGUUUUCGCGGCCCUCUUGGUUAUGGCUGUUUUCCUCUACAGAAAGCGAUCAAAACCGGGCGGAGAUAGCUGGGUUGUGGGGUUCGAUAAUCCGAACUAUGCCAACACAGUGCUUCCCGAAACCCGCCAAGACAGAAACGUAGCCGAAGUCGUUUAUGAGGAAAGUUCUAGAGUCGCCAUGUUUCCACCGGAAGAAAAAGGUGCAUGCGGCACAACAUGCGCAGAGGACAUGUGCACACCAUAUCCUCAACCGGAUGUUUGUUCGGUUGCUGCGAGAAAACCAGCAGAAAAUCAUUAUGUGUCAUUUGACUUUCAAGAUGGAUGCCCUCCUCCAGAAUCACAUUCCCAUGAUCAACAUGGAGGAAACCACACUCAAACAUCACCGAAAGAAACGAGUUAGUGAACUAUCCGUUACCAAAAUAUUCCAUUCUCUUGCUUAUGCAUCACAACAGAGAAGGGUAUUUAGAGAAAUUGGACGCAAAUGACAGAUAUUUUUAGUCUGUCUGUCGGUCGGAUUGUCUGUCGGUGAAGUAAUCCUAUCUUCUGACAAUGACCUUACAUCGAGUUUUGUGGGAAAUGUUGCGUUUGGUAUUAAAGAAAUGCAGAAUUGGAUUGCUAUGUUCUGGUCACGAUAGCAAAUCAUUCCGCAAAUUCGAGAUAUCUUUCUUUCACAACGGUUUAACAGCCUCAGUAUAAUGAGCCAAGGUGUCAGAAUACGUUGUGAGCAGGAGGGACACAGAGUGCAUGGGAAAUGUAGGCUGUUACUGGGUCAGAAAGGUGACAGGAACGAGAUAAACAACAGAAAUAUACUGUGAAAUGUUAUGCUGCUUUGAAUCACAAAGUGAUCGAAUGGUGUUAACUUAACGAACAUGUGAUAAUUAACAGGAAAUUGUCGUGAAUUUACCACGAUAUUAAUGAUAAGACACUGUGUUUUAUGUAUAAGUAUCUUUCCAUGGUUACGCAGUGUGCUUUCUUCUUUUAUCGUGCAUAUGACAUUACCAUUUCCUUCUUUUUUCUUUACUUGUGAGUGCAAGAUUACAAAAAAUACUUCUGAUAGAGGACAGAUCUAUUGUCAUCUAACAUUACUUCAGAUCACUUAAUAUUAGUUAAGCUGUCUUAACAUAAAUGUACCAAAAACGUUUGAAUUUUAACACGAUGCCCAAUACGUGUAUGAUGAACGUGUGUAGAUUUAUUAAGUGUGACUUUAAUGUGUAAAAGUCAUUUGUAGUCGUGUUUAACUUGUAUCGUGUAAAUAGGUUAAGUGUGAAAACAAGUGGUGACAUUUCAAUAUGUAAAAUGGUGUUCGUUUUUUCCUGCUCUACCGUUGAAGACAAUAUACAUUUAUAAGUUUCAUAUUUUACCAGCGUGGGAAAUUUCUAAGCAUCGACACGGCCUGUAAUCGCAACCGAAUUUCCCGCAGUAUCCUCCCUCUGUAGGUGUUCUAACGUACUCAUCUUCAAACACUUCCUCUCCUACACUCGAAACAAUUAACAGUUUAAAUAUAUAUUAUCACACAUAUUUCUAAACUGGUUUAUUUAACUUAAAUGAAUUAAAUUUUGUUCACUUCUUUUUACCCUAUUCAACUUUACUGUUUUCAAUGUCUUAAGGACAAAUAAAGCUUACAUUUGA